AUGGUGGGAAAUAGAAACUAGAAACUACAAACUGUCUGAGUAAAGCGCUGACUGUGGGGAUUCCUGGAUCUUCUGCUGACUCCUUGUUCCAUUCAGCUUGAUCGGUCAGGAAUGUGUGGUCACUGAUGGGAGGAUGAUCCCACUGACAGAGUUGAAACAGUUCAGUGAUCAGCAGCCAGCGUUCCGGCUGCUAAAGCCUUGGUGGGACGUGUUCACUGAGUACAUAUGUGCUGCCAUGUUGAUGAUAGGGGUCUUCGGGUGCACAUUGCAGGUGACGCAAGACAAGAUCAUCUGCCUCCCUGGGCCAGUAUCUACACUCUCAGUAUUCCAUAACAACUGCUCGCAGUUCAUGCUGCAACUAAAGCCCUCGUCCAGCUCAGUGCACAAACUGAAUGGGCUGAGGACGAACCUGGACCUUCAGCAGUACAGCUUCAUUAACCAGAUGUGCUACGAGAAAGCCCUGCACUGGUACGCCAAGUAUUUCCCGUACCUGGUGCUCAUCCACACCCUCAUCUUCAUGAUCUGUGGCAGCUUCUGGUUCAAGUUUCCGGGGACCAGCUCCAAGAUCGAGCACUUUGUCUCCAUCUUGGGUAAGUGUUUUGACUCCCCGUGGACCACGCGGGCGCUGAGCGAGGUUUCAGGUGAGAACCAGGGGGCGGAGCGGCCAAGCCCUUCAGGGAACUACCCGCCCAGCUCCGACCCCAAGUCCCAGGGCAGGUCGCCCUCCGAAGAGGCCGGUUUGGCCGAAGGUCCAGGCACCCAGUCCUGUCCGGAUAAGGUGGUGGCAGACAAGGGGAGCCUGAGCGCCCUGGAUAAGAAAGAGGGUGAGCAAGCCAAGGCUUUGUUCGAAAAGGUGAAGAAGUUCCGGCUGCAUGUGGAGGAAGGUGACAUCCUUUACCUCAUGUACAUUCGGCAGACUGUUGUCCGUGUGGUCAAGUUUGUGGUGAUCCUUCUCUACAAUGCUUCGCUGGUUCUGAACAUCCAUGUCGUGGUCCCCUGCACAGUCAACAUCGAGGACGUGACCGGCUACAACAACUUCUGUUGCAAUCACACCAAGGCCCAUCUCUUCUUCAAGCUGGCGAUCUGUUACAUCUGCUUUGUGUCUGUGUACGGCUGCACCUGCCUCUACACCCUGUACUGGCUCUUCUACCGCCCUCUCAAGGAGUAUUCCUUCGAGUAUGUGAGGCAGGAGUCGGGGAUCAAUGACAUCCCUGACGUGAAGAACGAUUUUGCCUUCAUGCUUCACCUGAUAGACCAGUACGAUUCCCUGUACUCCAAGAGGUUCGCUGUCUUUCUGUCUGAGGUCAGCGAGAGUAAGCUCAUGCAGUUGAAUCUGAACUACGAGUGGACGGAGGAGAAGCUGAGGCAGAGGCUGCAGAGGAACAGUCAGAACCGCCUGGAGCUGCACCUCCUGAUGGUGCCAGCCCUUCCCACUUCCACCUUCGAGGUGACCGAGAUCGAAUCCCUGAAACUCGAACUGAUCAGCGAUCUGGAAGUCCCAGCAAAGAUCGCACAGCUGGUCAACCUGCAGGAGCUGUCCCUGUUAAACUGCCCAGUCAAGCUCCAUGAGGCUGCUUCAGGGUUUCUGAGGGAACACCUCAAGGUCCUCCGGGUUCGGUUCAAUAAUACCCAGGAGGUUCCGCUCUGGGUGCACAACAUGAGGAGUGUGGAAGAACUCUAUCUGACAGGAACUCUGACUCAAGACAGUGUGAAAUGUCUCUUUCCCGAUUCAGUCUGCGAGCUUCGUAGCCUUAAGGUUCUCUCUCUGAAGAGCAACUUGACCAAGGUCCCUGCAAACCUGGUGGAUGCAUCCAUCCACCUUCAGAAGCUGACCAUCCACAACAAUGGUACCAAACUCAUCACGUUGAACAGUCUGAAGAAACUGCAGCACCUAAGGGAGUUGGAGCUCAUUCAGUGCGAGCUGGAGCGUGUUCCUCACCCUGUCUUCAGCCUCUCAAACUUAGAGGAGCUCAACUUAAAGGAGAACAACCUGAGAUCCAUCGAAGAAAUCCUCAGCCUCCAACACUGCCAGAAGCUAACAUGCCUGAAGCUGUGGUACAACCACAUCGUCUACAUCCCCGAACACAUCAAAAAGCUCAGCUCUCUGGAAUUCCUUUAUCUCAACGAUAACCAGAUCGAGGAGAUACCCCCUCAACUCUUCCUGUGCAACAAACUCCGACACCUCGAUCUCUCCCACAAUCGCAUCAGCUCAAUCCCACCAGAAAUCGGGGUGCUUCAAAACCUCUGCUAUUUUUCCAUUUCCAACAACGCCAUUGAGUCCCUGCCCAACGAGCUGUUCUUUUGCAAGAAGCUGAAGACAUUGAAAGUUGGCCAUAAUAGCCUGACUGCUCUCUCGCCCAGAAUCAGCAGCCUGCCCCUGCUCACAAGGCUGGAGCUGAAGGGGAAUCACCUGGAGGCAUUGCCCCCCGAGGUGGGAGAGUGCAGCAGCCUGAACCACAGGGGCCUCAGUGUGGAGGAAGCUCUGUUUCAAACGCUUCCCUUGGACGUCCGAGAGCGGAUGAGGGAUGACUGAAUCCGGGAGGCGGGUGGGUCGGGGAGCUCCACAGGGUUAAAAAUAAGUCAAGCUUAAUCAGAGUUGGUCUGAGCAAAUGAACUGGAAACGCAGCACACAUGAGUGGGAGAUGGACAGAACCAUGGGUUUUGUACCAGUUCGGUAGGAGUUCAGUCAAGACAUAAAGACAGAUGGACAUGGAGGGAGAGGAUUUUAGACAAUUGAUUUGAUGGUUUAUUUCCUGUGGUACCUUUUACUCCAGCCUGGGCCAGCAUCACUGAACAUUGGCCAAAGCUGUCUUGGUUGGACUGUCCACUAAAAGGGUUCAUUCCCUCCCACACAGGCUGCCAUUGGUAAAAAGGCUGCAGGAUGUGUGACAUAUGAAUAGGCAGAGCCAGUGCAAAUGGCAGAAAGCUUCAUCCAUUUGGGAACCACAGGCUGUGCUCCAUGAUCAAGAUUCCAGUAGAAAUGUAGGAUUUGUAACACAUUUUGCAGCUUUCAGUCAUCAUUUUCUAGGAUAUUUAACAUAACAACAUGGUGGAGCCAACAUUCUGUCCCCUUGUUAUUCAUCCAAGGCAGAGUCAGAGUGGGGGAAUGAGCAGCCUGCCUCCAGCUGUGAUGAAGAUAUAGGGGUAGAACCACAUGAAAGUAAGAAAUUGUUUCAGGAAAAUGUCUUUGUUGCACAAAAGGAAUCACUUGGGUGCUUAAUAAAUUGUUAGUGUGACACUAAUGCCCUCUAUUUAGGGGGAAUGGUGGCAUAGUGGUAAUAUCACUGGGCUAGUAACCCAGAGACCAUGGGUUCAAAUCCUUCCAUAACAGCUGGUGGAAUUUAAAUUCAAUUCAUAAA